GAGGAGUGUAUCAUCACAGGACAGUCCCACUUCAAGAGCUUUGACGACAGGUAUUUCACCUUCAGUGGGGUCUGCCAGUACCUGCUGGCCCGGGACUGCCAGGACCACUCCUUCUCCAUUGUCAUAGAAACCGUGCAGUGCGCCGAUGACCCUGAUGCUGUCUGCACCCGCUCAGUCACCGCCCGCCUGCCCAGCCUGCACAACAGCCUGGUGAAGCUGAAGCAUGGGGGAGGAAUCGCCAUAGAUGGCCAGGAUGUCCAGCUACCUCUCCUGCAAGGUGACCUCCGCAUCCAGCACACCGUGAUGGCCUCUGUGCGCCUCAGCUACAGGGAAGACCUGCAGAUGGACUGGGAUGGCCGCGGGAGACUGCUGGUGAAG